AUGACCGGAGAAAUGCCGCCACCGGAAACAGAAGGCAACGGUUCAAAACAGCACAUAAUGGUGUUUCCAUAUCCAGCACAAGGCCACUUGCUUCCUCUUCUUGACUUAACCCAUCAACUCUGUCUUCGUGCAGACAUCACUGUGUCAAUCAUAGUUACUCCUAAAAACCUUCCUUACAUCUCCCCUCUUCUCACCGCUCAUCCAUCCUCCAUCUCCGCCGUCACUUUUCCUUUCCCUCAGAGUCCUUCACUCCCUCCUGGCGUUGAAAACGUCAAAGACAUCGGUCCUUCGGGAAACCCUCUCAUUAUGGCUUCUAUUCGUCAGCUUCGUGAGCCUAUCAUCAACUGGUUAAGUUCUCAUCCAAAUCCUCCGGUGGCUAUCAUCUCUGACUUCUUUCUUGGAUGGACCAACGAUCUUGGUAUCCCUCGCUUUGCUUUCUUUAGCUCCGGAGCUUUCUUAGCUUCGAUUCUCCAUUUUUUCUCCGACAAGCUUCAUCUCUAUGAGUCAACUGAGCCGGUCUGUUUCUCGGAUCUUCCUCGUUCUCCUGUUUUCAAGAUAGAACAUAUCCCGUCUUUAAUCCCGGAAUCUCCCUCAUUGCAAGAUCUCGAAAGUCAGAGAGACACCAUGAUGAAUUUCUCGAGCUAUGGUUGUGUUUUCAAUUCUUGUGAAGUUCUGGAAGAGGAGUACAUGGAGUACGUGAAGCUGAAAACGGGUCAUAAUCGGGUUUAUGGUGUUGGUCCGCUUUCUUCAAUCGGGUUAGGUAAGGGAAAUUCUGAUUCCAGUGUCGACGUGGAGGCUUUAAUGAGCUGGCUCGAUGGAUGUUUACACGGAUCAGUGCUUUACAUCUGCUUCGGAAGUCAAAAAGUGUUGAAUAAAGACCAGUGUGAUGCGCUGGCUCUUGGUCUUGAGAAGAGCAUGACCAGGUUUAUUUGGGUGGCUAAGACAGACCCGAUACCAGAUGGGUUUGAGGAUCGGGUCGCGGGUCGAGGAAUAGUUGUUAGAGGCUGGGCUCCUCAGGUGGCUGUGUUGAGUCAUGUGGCGGUUGGUGGGUUUUUGAGCCAUUGUGGAUGGAACUCGGUGAUGGAAGCAGUGGCAAGCGGAACCAUGAUCUUAGCUUGGCCUAUGGGGGCAGAUCAAUAUGUGGAUGCAAGGUUGCUGGUGGAGCAUAAGGGUGUGGCUGUUAUGGUUUGUGAAGGAGGGGACACUGUGCCAAACCCGUAUGAGUUAGGUAGGGCUCUAGCUGAAACAAUGGGUGAAUGCGGACGCAGUGUGCGUGAUCGGGCUAACAAGAUGGGACACAGGGCACUAGCUGCGACCGAACCAGGAGGAAGCUCUGAUGCAGAUCUUGAAAGACUUGUAAUAGAAUUAAGCUGUCUUUAA